CCUCGUCCUUUGUAAAUUUAGAUCUAUAGCAGAGACUAGAGAGGAGGUGAAACAGUAAAAAUUGCCUAAAGUGAGUGAGUUGAGCAAUGAAGAUUAAUCCACCAUUGUUAUUGCAAAUUAACAGAUCUUAUCUUAAAUUAGUCAAAGGUGACAAUUUUCCGAGGUACUAUUUUCAAAGGUGGUUCGGUGCAGAUUUUUCUCACACUGAAACUCCAACAACCAAAUCCAAUAUUGAUGCUUCAUCAGCUGUUCCCAUUUCAUCUUCAUCCAUGGAAUCCAAUUACUCCCAGAUGGCUGCUGAUUCAACAUGGGUUUCAAAGAUUAUACUGUAUUCUUUCUGGCAAAGUUCAUGUUCUUGGAGAAUUCGCUUUGCCUUAAACCUCAAAGGACUUUCUUAUGAAUAUAGAGCAGUCAACAUUGACAAAGGAGAACAGUUCACUUCAGAGUUUGAGAAAUUAAAUCCUCUUCAUUAUGUUCCUGUAUUGGUUGAUGGCGAUGUGGUCAUUUCGGACUCCUAUGCAAUUUUACUAUAUUUAGAAGAGAACUAUUGUCAGAGACCCCUGUUGCCAGUUGAACCUCAAUUAAGAGCUCUCAAUCUUCAGGCAGCAAGUAUUGUCAGCUCUAGUAUGCAGCCACUUCAUAUGUUGUCAGUGCUGAGAUACAUGGAGGAAAGGGUUGGUCCCGAAGAGAAACAAUCAUGGGCAAAAUUUCACAUACAAAAAGGUUUUAGUGCUCUUGAAAAAUUGCUCACUGGAUCUGCUGGAAAGUAUGCUACAGGAAAAGAAGUAUAUAUGGCUGAUGUGUUUUUGGCGCCUCAAAUUGCAGUGGCUACUAAAAGAUUUAACAUUGACAUGUCCCAGUUUCCCACUUUAUCAAGGAUAUAUGAUUCCUGUAAGGCUUUGCCAGAAUUCCAAGCUUCUUCGCCAGAGCGACAGCCCGAUGCCGCCCUGUAAGCUAUGCUUAGUGCUGAGUUUCAAGAAUAUUGAAGUCUGCUAAAUGUUGUUUAGAUGUGAUGAAGUUAUAAGUAAAAUGUAAAACCUUACGUUGUGUUUGAUACGAUGUAAAAAUAUUUUCAUACUAUGUUUUUGUUGAAAAAUUUUUGAAAGAUUUUUUUUUUUUUGACGAAUCUUGAAACAUGAGUCACUAAUCACAUUGUUUUGUGAUGUAUAAGAAAAGAUUUGGUGUUCAGGUUGAUUUUUGAAUCAAAGUGGGUUUCUUUUGAUAAA